AUGAACCGUCGUAACGAUUGCCAAGCGAUGCUCCUCCCAAUGUCGGCGUCACCAUGCAGUCCCAGGAGAGGCGGUUUUGAGAAAUAUCACGAUGCUUCUCAGAAAGCAGAUGAUGACGAUCAACCAGUGACGAGAACUGAAGACAAAGCAGUCGGUUUAGAGGGUUCCACAUCUGACUACGGGUUCUGGGUAUCAGCGUGUGUUUCAAGUCACAGUGCAUCUUCAGAGAUAACCGCGUCGGAUUUGAAGCUUCAACACCAUCUGCUGGACGUUUCCUUCGCGGCAUUCCCGUCAUCCUCGAUCACGGUAGCGAAGAUGCGGCCUCAAGGAACUCAUUCACUGUUGAAUAAUGGAAUGGUUCUCGUCGAGCAGCCGCAACAUGCUCCUUCUGCUCUGGGCUGCGCCAACGACGUAGUUGAAGACUACGAGAUGGACACAGACGCACCAUACCAUGCCAGAAUACUGCCGCCUUCCCCUCUGUUGUCUGGCUGCGACCCUUGCGAGAACCUGAGUGCAGCUGCAUGCGCCGAAGGGCUGCUGCAUGGUCUGCAUCAGCAGCCUCGUGGAUCGGAGUGUCUCGACCGGACAGUUCGGGAACGUCAAGAAGACGACUCAGAUAUUCACGAAGGAUACGCCAACGCUGACGACUUCGAAACUGUGGUAUCACCUCAGUCGGUGUCACGAGCAGUCGAGGCGUGCGACGUUAACACGUGUUCCACGCACACGUUUGUUGUUGCCAGCGACCAGCCUGAUGCAGACCUUCCCGUGUCAGGCGUCUGCCUUCAGAUUCAUCCAGAUGGCCACGAUGAACCGUGGUCGGACGUCGUUCUAACCAGAGGCCAGGACCCAGGAUUUUGUGUUGUGGGGUCCGUCAUCAUUGGAAAGAGUAACGAGGUGCUGCUUGAUGUAAAGACACCACAGGAGGGGCUUGCGCCAAAUGAAGUGCAAGCGCAGAGAGAUGCGUUUCUGCUCGGGGCUAGCGGGGUGCAUCACUCCAGAGCAGCGUGGGGCUAUCCAUACAAACAGCAUGCUAGAGAGACGAAAUUGUCCAGCACCGCAUGCGGCAGUUCCGACAGCCCUACGGCAGAAGGUAGCAAGAUGAAGACAACCAGUGGUGCUCAGGGUCGGCUAAGGAAUUCGGAAGGAUCGUGUUCGCUGCCUUCGCGACUUCUGCGUCACAUAUGCCAAACGGUUCAGGCAUAUGACCAACACAGAAUGAAUAAGAAUCACCUAAUCGUUGUUGGGUCGACGGCGCUCAUCGCACUUACCGUUGCAAUGCUGCUAAUAUGCAUCGUUCAUACGUUGCUGGGGAAGACGCCUGCAGGGGAAUCGCCGUUCCUUCCGUGAUGUUACUCGAAAUUCGGCGAUCUCCAACGUGAGUGAAAGGCUCCUGCGGACAUGGCCCGCAAGGCUCCAAAAGUGUCAUUCUGGCUUUAGUGCGCGUUGUGGUUUUGCGUGGACUCUUGCGGGAGUGAGCACCGCAAGUUGUGUCCUCCAAUAUAACACGCUGGCUGGUCGGUUCUUGGCAAAGAACUCUUUUUUAUAUGGCAGACCUUC